UUCUCAAGGAUGAUCUGAAUUAAAUUUCUAUUUUUUUAGUUUCUUCUCAGGAUAGAGACUUAUGGAGAAAUAGUUUCUCUGUUGAACUAGUUAUGCUGGUUUCCAACAAUUCAUAUAUGACCCCCAAAUCUUUUAUUCUUAAUGGAAUUCCUGGUCUGGAAAGAGCACAUAUAUGGAUCUUUCUCCCACUCUGCACAAUGUACAUCAUCUCCCUCGUGGGAAACCUUGGCCUUGUGUACCUCAUUCAUCAUGAGGAGUCCUUACAUCGUCCAAUGUACUUUUUUCUGGCAAUACUUUCCCUCAUUGACCUCUUUACCUGCACCACUACUCUACUCAAUGCCCUCUGCAUCUUCUGGUUCAAUCUCAAGGAAAUUAAUUUCAAUGCUUGCUUAGCCCAGAUGUUCUUUGUCGAUGGGUUCACAGGUGUGGAGUCUGGUGUGCUCAUGCUUAUGGCCCUGGACCGCUAUGUGGCCAUUUGCUAUCCAUUACGUUAUGCUACCAUACUCACUAACCCUAUCAUUGCCAAAGCUGGGCUUGCCACUUUCCUGAGGGGUGUGUUGCUGAUGAUUCCUUCUCCAUUUUUGGUCAAGCGUUUGCCCUUCUGCCAAAGCAAUAUUGUCUCCCAUACAUAUUGUGACCACAUGUCAGUGGUGAAGUUAUCUUGUGCCAGUAUCAAGGUCAAUGUCAUCUAUGGUCUGAUGGUUGCCCUCCUGAUUGGAGUGUUUGACAUCUGCUGUAUAUCUGUGUCUUACACUAUGAUCCUCCGGGCAGUGGUUAGCCUCUCAUCAGCAGAUGCUCGGCAGAAGGCCUUCAGCACCUGCACUGCCCAUAUAUCUGCCAUCAUUAUCACCUAUGUUCCAGCAUUCUUUACUUUCUUUUCACAUCGUUUCGGAGGACACACCAUUCCCACUUCUCUUCACAUCAUUGUGGCUAAUCUUUAUCUGCUUCUUCCCCCAACUCUGAAUCCCAUUGUUUAUGGAGUAAAGACAAAACAGAUUCGAGACAAUGUCAUAAAGCUCUUCCAGGGUGAGAAAGGUGCAAGUAUUCAGGACAACUGA